AUGGAGGAAGAGAAAGAAGAUGCAAAUAACCAGGGACGGCUUUGCUUGAAGCUGAAGAUCACUCCGAAACCAGAGCCCACCACUGCUGAUCAAGACAUGAUCAACGGCCAUGAUCAAAAGAUGAUGAUCAAUAAGCUUAAGCCAGAUGAUCAUGAACAAGUUGAAGACCAUGUUCAAGAUGAAGAAUUGUUGCCUUUUGUAUGCCCGGUUUGUAAUAAGCGUUACAAGUCUGGAAAAGCGCUCGGCGGCCACAAGAGAAUGCACAAUCUCCCACCCAAAAACAACAACAAUAGUACAAAGCCCAGCAACAAACGCAAAGCAAUUAUUCACGAUAACGAUGAGGAAGAUGAUGAAGAGGAAGAAGAUGUUCCAAUUUGCCCGCUCUGCGAGAAGAGUUUUCCGUCGAUGAAAUCGCUUUUCGGUCACAUGAGGUCUCAUCCUGAUAGGGGUUGGAGAGGAAUUCAACCUCCUCCUCAACCUUCUUCUUCUACUGUUCCUGAUCAAGAUCAUCCUAUGAUUGAUGAUGAUGAUGAUUCUUCGGAAGCAACCCCGAAAAAAAGGCGGCCAGUUCUAUUGUCGACUUCUAAUUCCCCAAAAACUCCUUCUCCUGCUAGUGAUGAUCUUAAGUGGCCCAUCACCGCGAAGAGAGGUAGCGGCAACCGUAUUACUACUAGCGGUUCCUCCUCCUCGUCCUCAGGCGGCCUGAGUUUGGCAGAUGUCCCGUGGAUGGAGAAGACCGCGAAGGAGGCUGUCUUUGAUCUUAUGAUGCUCGCUUGUCAGAAGCCUGGAGCUCGCUCAGAAUUAUUAACCAUUCUUGAUCGGAUCAAUAAGAACAAAGGAAAAGCAAAGAAAGAAGAAGAGAAAGAAGAAGAAGAAGAAGAGAAUUCGGGGGAUGAGAAGGAUUAUUACAUGAUGAAGAGGAUAAAGAACAAGAGCAUGAAGAGCAAGAAAAUAAUAAAGAAGAUGAAGUUGGCAGACCUAGAAGAAGAAGAAGGAGAAGAAGGCCAAGUGAUUAGAACUACUAGUACUAGUAAUAGCGCAAAAUCACCUGCAAGUAGUAGUGGUAGAGGUCGUCAAUAUGUAUGCAGUGUUUGCAAGAGGUCCUUCCCAAGUUACCAAGCUCUAGGCGGCCACAGGUCAAGCCACAACAAGAAGAACAUCAAGAUAAUUAUCAAUAGCCGAUUGUCGAAUUCGGAUGAUUCGUCGAGGUCCGAGGAAGCAACAGAUGACAAGGAUAAUGUUGAAGAUGAUCAAGUUUCUGCUGAAAAUGAUGAUAGUAAGAUUGUUAAAGAUUUUGAUCUCAAUGAGGUUCCAACAUCAGAGGAUUGA